CCUGUUGGUUAUGACUAGCUUACUGUAAGUCGCAAAUUGGUAUGAAUGACAAUCUGUUGGAAAUUUCUUAGGAUCAUUAGACUACCUCUGACAUACCUAAAAGACGGCUCAAUCAAGUGAAAGACAUCUAACACCAUAAAUAAUUCAAUUAAUGACUAUAGUCUCUGAAAAGCGCAACAAAAGCUCAGUUAACUACCUGCUAAUUAUUUUAAAUGCCUUCGCAAUAUCCACCUUUCGCCUGGCACCCAUUAAAUAUCUAGCAAUGAUUAACAAACAAACAAACAAUGAUUAUAUAAUCUCUGUAAUCAGUCAAUGAAUACUGAUAAUAUCAAAUUAAAAUUAUCGAAUUGUUCUUGUGAUAUAUGUCAAUGUUUUAAUAAUAAAUUACAAAGCAAACCAUAUACUCAUAUGAAAUGUAAAUUAAACGACAGAGUUAAAUUAUGGAAUAAAUAUAAUGGAACUGUGAAGUUUAUUGGUCCUAUACAAUUUAAACAUAAUAUUAAUAUAUUACUUAUUGGUAUUGAAUUAGAUUCAUAUAUUUCUAGAUACACAUUAAAUAAUUAUAAUCUCUAUUGUGAUCAAAUGAAACGUAUUCUUGUACCGUCAACAUUUAUUACAUUAUUAUCACCGGGGAGACGUGGUCAUCCACAAAUUAAACAUUUUACAAUGAAUCCAAAUUAUAAAUUAAUACAGAAAAAUCGUGAACUUUAUAAAACUAUUGAUCCAAUAUUGUAUCAGUUAAUAUUUCAAAGAUAAAUAAUCACAAUGAUUGAAAGUGUCUAUUUUAAAGAUUAAGAAUAUCUGGAAGGAUCCAAAAUAUCGUCUGUUCAGUAUUCAUUUGGGGGCAUUAAAUAAUCAUAAAUGCUGUAAUACAUAUUCUAUAUAAAUAUACAUAUUAGAAAAAGAAAAGCUGUAAUGUUUCAUGACUUUUGUUUAUGUGAUCAAGUUUUUGUUUUUUGUUUUCUUAUGUGAAUUUCAUUGCCAAAAUAAUUUAAUUAAGUCAAGGUUUCUUUAAUAAUAGCUCGAUAUCUGUCACCAUUUAGAUCGUAUGAAUCCCCCCAAAUGCCCUGGCACGACCGAGAAUGGGGAGAGUCCGCUCUCCCUCUC